AUUCACCUUCAUUUUCGACUCUUCGCUCUCUUUCUCUAGACCCCUUAUUCCUCAGCUCCCUCCUCAUCCUCAUCCUCGUCCUCGUCGUCUUCAUCUUCCUCCUCAGUAGUCCAUGCGAUUGGCAAUCGGGAAAGCCGAUCAAGAGCUGGUGUCGCUGAUUUGCUAGAAGGUUCGCCUGAGCUUCUCUCUUCUCGAAUAGGGUGUGCUUCAUCUGAACAAACUACACAACUGCUUUCUUUGUAUCCCAAAUGAUGAGAGGAGUAAGAUGAUCACAAAUUCAACGGAUGAGGCUGGCCUCCAAGCAAAACUAGAGGAGCAGAAGAAUGACGGCAGGAUCAAUUCCCAGGCGGUGCCUUCUAGUUCGAGGCAGUGGUCGAGUUUCAGGAACCCUCGAAUUGUGCGUGUGUCGCGUUCAUUUGGAGGUAAGGAUAGGCACAGCAAGGUGUGCACCAUUAGGGGUUUGAGGGACAGGAGAAUCAGACUCUCAGUGCCGACCGCAAUUCAGCUUUACGAUCUUCAAGACAAACUCGGGCUUAGCCAGCCCAGCAAGGUCAUUGAUUGGCUACUUGAUGCAACAAAGCAAGACAUCGACAACCUCCCACCCUUACAAAUGCCUCAGGGGUGCGGACAGUUCCACCAGCAAAUGUUCGGUGACAAUUCCGGAUCGAGAAAUCUUGGCAAUCUACUGCUUCCCCACGAGCCUAGCACCUCUCAGUUGUCGCUCUCUCCCUUCUUUCCUAUGAGUAAUUCGACGUUUCUAAGCAAGCAUGGAAUCAAGAUCAAUGACAAUGUUGAUGGAGAUGGUGACACCACAGCUAGGGUUAAGUCAUCAAAGUAUUGGGAUAUCGAUUUGGGAUUGACAUCGAAAGAUAAGGAAGUACUCCAGACGGAGCCUCUUGGUGAUGAGAAAGGGAAAUCUAUCGAGAUGAAUGAGUUGCAGAAGCAUGUUGGAUUCAGUGGUCAUUAUGCACAACCAUCAGCUCAGAACUUCUUUCCGGUAGUUGGAUAUUCUUCUCUACCAUCGGGUUUGACGAAUAAUGCUAUGCCGUAUUCGUACAACCAAUGGGAGCCAUCAAACUUAUCUCUAUCUCACGUCGGCGGAUUUCAACAUCAAAUGGAGAAUUUUCUCCACUCGAAUUCGGUAUCAUCACUGCCUUCUUCUUCCUCUUUAUUGGCUAAUUUGUCGUCCAGAUCUCAAUUAUAUUUUUGUCCCCAAACGGUGGCGCCGUCUCUCUUUCCUACGUACCCUCCAUACCUUGCAGCCUCAUCAACCGAGAAUGAUUCGAGACAGAUAAAUCACUUCCAAUUGCUGAGCUCGAGUUCUUACCAACCUGUUGUGCCAUCGCACCAUCUAAGCAACCCGCAGAUGAAAUCGUUUCAGACAAACACUAAUACCAAGUUUCUUCAUUCUCAAGACGAUACUCAAAGCCAAGAUGAUGAGGAAGCAGACUAGCUUUCAAACCGUAGAGAUUUGUCAUGGUUAUUGAUAUUCCUUGUGCUAUAUUUUAUCUAUAUAGGACACAAAUUGUAUAAUGCUCGCAAUUUUUCAAAUAACUCAGCAGCACUCUCAGUC